AUGCUGGCCAUCCCCGGCCUGUUCUGGUGUAUCUGGACUGGGACGGUCGCAAUUGCAUUAUCCUACCUUUGGGCCGCCGCCGCACGUCACCACAAGCAACAACCACCAUCGGCAUCAUACUCAAUGCCCUCCAGAAUUACGACAACCGCCACCACCACCCAGGGGCCUGAUGGCCGGGGAGGAAACAACAACUCGGCGAUGACGGGGGAAGGCCACGCGGGUUCGACCAAAUUCUACGGCUCGCAGGUCGGGGGCAAGUCCGUCAUCAACUACGGCUACACGGACCUGCCGUUCCGGCUGCUGGGCUACGACGUCUACUACUUUUUCCGCUUCGCCUGGGCCAUCCCCUACGUCGUGCUGCCCGCGGGCCCGCCCUACCUGUCGGGCGGCCUGGACGAGCUGAGCCCGACGCGCGAGAACCUGUUCUGCAUCGCCGUGCACAGCCUCCUCAUCGUGCUGCAGCUGGGAUUCCUGCUGGUCCUGCUGCCCGUCAUGGUGCUGCUGCCCGUGUGGACCGCCGCCUUGUUCAUCGCCGCCUUCCUGGUCUGCAACCGGCUCAUCUGCAACGUGCUCAACGGCGACCAGCCCACCCUCACGUCGAACCCCGAGUACGCCCCUGCGCUGGAGAAGCAUGCCCACGAGCAGUGGAUCUUUAUCAAUGGCGUUUCCGUCGGGAAGCACUGGCUGCAGAACAACCUGGAUCGCCUUGCGCUGACCUUUAAGAGGCCGGUUCUUGGUAUUCAUAACAGAACGGAUGGAAUCAUUUUUGAUAUCGUAGAGUGCCUUGUGCAGCGCACUUUUGGCUACGCAACAGACGACGUGCGUCUGUGUUAUGCUGCCGUCAAGGAGAAGCUGUACGAUCCGCAGUACAGCAAAGUAGUCUUGAUACUGCACAGCCAGGGAGGCAUCGAGGGAGGCAUGGUUCUUGAUUGGCUCCUCCAGGAGAUGCCACAAGAUCUGUUGGCCAAGGUCGAGGUUUACACGUUCGGCAACGCGGCCAAUCAUUUCAACAACCCCCACGUCCACGUCACGUCGCAGGAAAACGCCGAAGCCAACCCCAUCGCCGCAUCCAUCGACGUGGCCGAGCCCGCAGAGCCGCUAGAACGUUCCGCCAGCAGCGACAACUCGGCAGCGGGGGCGGCGGCUCCCAAGUCCAAGAAGAAGAAGAACGGCGGGCGCCGAACCCAAGGCAACGGGAGCAGCAGCAGCAUCAGCAUCAGCAGCAGUGCCGGCGGCGACGCGCUCGAGAGCAUGCUGACGCGCGAGACGUCGGCGCCGCGGCCGUCGGCCAUCUCGGACCGCGUCAUCGGCCACGUGGAGCACUACGCGCACACGACCGACUUUGUGGCCCUCUGGGGCGUGCUGCACUUUGCCACCUCCACGCCGGCCACGCUCUUCGUCCCGCGCUUCAUCGGCCGCCUGUUCGCCCGCACGUCGGUCCGCGGCGGCCACCAGCUGUGCAUGCACUACCUCGACGGCAUGUUCCCGCUGCGGCGCGACGAGUCUGCGCCCGGUGGGUUCAGCGGCUGCCUAGAGGCCGGCCCCGCGGAGGAAGGGCUGAACGACUUUAUGGACAGCGACGUCGUCGUUGGUGGCGGCAGCGACAGUAGUGCUGUCAUCGAUGUCGCGAGCGCCGCAUACAAGUCGAGCUGGGUCGGCCUUCUCAGGAACGAGAUCGAGGGCCUGCCGCCGGCGGCGGCCGAGGCUGCCGACGAGGUCGAGGUUAUGAAUGCGGGCCAGGGCUUCGGCAAGGGCGCCGCGCGCACGGUCAAGGUCAAGCAGCUCAGCCGGCUGUGGCAGUAUCGUGACGGCAGGAGCCCCGAGGAUAAUGUGGGGGGCAUGGGUGGCGUCGAUGAUGCUGCUCGUGGGAAGACGCUGUGA